AGUUUUCUUUCUUAUUCUUCUCUUUUUCCUCCAACCCCACCAACUCUCUUACAGAAAAGUUUCUCACUUAAUUUUGUCUUUUUAGUGUUCUGUACAGCUUUUUUUCUUUUUUUUUUGCUUGAUCAGUUGCUAGCCAACUUUAAUCAUCCCUUGCCUUGAUGAUAGCAAACAAACUAUUCCAUUUCUAGUUUAGGAGCUUAGUUUUCAUAUAUAUAUAUAUAUAUGUGUGUAUUUUCACCUAAUCAAUUUUGGUGGUUUCACUGAACUGUCCCCUCACUAAUGUUUUGUGGGCAUCAUUGAACGGUUUGGUCCUUAAAGGUGAGCCAUUUUCAGCUUCUGGGUCUUGUUAUGGUUCUAGUUUACUUCACCUCCAUUGUUCUAAUUCUCUCUCAGAUGAUUGAAUGUGAGCUGUCUCAAAGAUUUUGAGAACUGUUCUCUAGCUUCUUUUGGUUUGAAAAUGGGGGUGAAGAUGAUUCUUCUACUGAUGGAAAUAUGUUUCACAGCCAAUGCUUUGCAUUUUCGUGGAUCUGAAGAUAUACCAUCUUUGAGAAGAGGGCUUCUAGAGCCACCACUGAUCCACUCUAUCAGUCCGAGCCAGCCAUUUUCUAAAGUACCAGAUCAUGCCUCUUCUCCUACAUCUUCUCUCAGCUUUGGCCAGAAGCGACAUGAAAAUCUGGUAGCACCACCUCCAAAGAAAGCAUUCCACCACAAAUGGUUACCAGCUAAAGCCGCCAAUCCAGAUGAUGCUAUAAGGCCUCCAAGUAUAGCACUUCCACCCUCUAUGUCAUCUUCAGGAGUUCCUGCAAAGAAAUGGGUUCAUGGUCCUGCAUAUCCUCCUCCAGUUAUACAUAAUAAUCCCCAUCACAAAAGAAGAAAAUUCAACAACUCAGUAACAGAACCAACUCGUCCCACUUACACCAAACAAGGUCCAUCUGCAUCCCCCUCCAAAUCUCCCUUUCCUUCAUCAAGGAGCUGGUCUCCUUUAACCGCACCAGGACCUUCAGAGCCACCAAGAAGUUCCUAUAGCCACUAUAACAUGCCCAUUUCCUCACCUACGAUAUCUCCAUUGGGUUCAACCCUUAAGAAGAUUAAGGCUCCACCACCAUCACCUCUUCUAGCAUUACCACCUCCACCUCCUAAUUCAGAUUGUUCGUCUGUGACAUGCACAGAGCCAUUGACAUAUACCCCAACUGGAUCGCCUUGUGGUUGUGUUUUGCCUAUUCAAGUUAAACUCCGCUUAGGAAUUGCAAUAUACACAUUCUUCUCUUCAGUUUCAGAGCUGGCAGAGGAAAUUGCAGCCAGUGUCAACCUUAACCAUAGCCAAGUUCGCAUAAUGGGAGCUGAUGCAGCUAGUCAGCAGCUAGUGAAAACUGCAGUCCUUGUUAACUUGGUACCCAAAGGAGUCAAAUUUGGUUACACUACUGCAUUCGCUAUCUACGAGAAAUUCUGGCGCAGAAAAGUUUUGAUUAAUGAAUCACGCUUUGGUUCCUAUGAAGUAUUAUAUGUUCACUAUCCAGGUCUUCCACCCUCUCCUCCUUCAGCACCUUUGAGCAUUUCUACCAUAGAUGAUGGGCCAUACAGUGGCCAUAACAACAAUGGAAGGGGAAUAUUAAAGCCUUUAGGAGUUGAUGUGUCGAGGAGAAAACAUAAUGGUCUAAGCAAAAGCAUGAUUGCAAUAAUCGUUAUUUCAUCUUUCACAGCCUUUGUUGUGUGUUUAGGAGUUGUUUGGCUUUUGUUGUUAAAAUUUGGUUAUCACAUCCAUAAGCAGCAAGAUGCUCAGCCAGCUUUGACUUCAGCCCUUGAAAAACAAACAGGAGCUGCUGUAGGGUCUACGAAGUUAGGAAGCAUGAGAGGUUCUGAGUCAUUAUCUAUUAGUUCUGGCACAAUGACUUACGCUGGGUCUGCUAAGAUUUUCAGUUUGAACGAGAUAGAAAGAGCCACUAAUAGCUUUGACGCUUCAAGAAUACUUGGAGAAGGUGGAUUUGGACUUGUUUACAAUGGCACUUUGGAUGAUGGAAGGAGGGUGGCUGUGAAGGUCCUCAAAAGACAUAAUCAUCACGGCGGUCAAGAGUUUCUAGCAGAAGUAGAGAUGCUUAGCCGCCUGCACCACAGAAACUUGGUCAAACUUAUUGGUAUAUGCACAGAAGACCAAACUCGUUGCCUGGUUUAUGAACUUGUGCCAAAUGGAAGUGUUGAAUCUCAUUUACACGGGAUUGACAAGGAAAGUGAUCCACUUGACUGGGAUGCCCGAAUGAAGAUUGCACUAGGGGCAGCCCGGGGCUUAGCUUAUCUACAUGAAGACUCCAACCCACGUGUGAUUCAUCGAGACUUCAAGUCGAGCAAUAUAUUGUUGGAGCAUGACUUUACACCUAAGGUCUCAGAUUUUGGAUUGGCCAGAGCAGCAUUAGAGGGUAACAGACAUAUCUCAACACACGUUAUGGGAACGUUUGGUUACUUAGCUCCGGAAUAUGCAAUGACUGGCCAUCUUCUGGUGAAAAGCGAUGUUUACAGCUAUGGUGUAGUCCUUCUGGAGCUCCUAACUGGAAGAAAGCCGGUGGACUUGUCGCAACCUCCAGGCCAGGAAAAUCUGGUAGCUUGGGCUCGUCCACUUCUAACCAGCAAAGAAGGCUUAGAAACAAUAAUAGACCCAGGUAUACAAGGUGAAAUGGUGUCACUUGAUAGUGUGUCCAAGGUGGCCGCAAUAGCUUCAAUGUGCGUGCAACCAGAAGUGAGUCACCGCCCUUUCAUGGGUGAAGUUGUCCAGGCAUUGAAGCUAGUUUGUAAUGAGUUUGAGGAAGCAAAAGGGUUGAGCUCAAGAUGCCAUAGCCAAAAUGAUUUUUUGGCUGAUGCAGAUAGCAAGGCCAGAAGACUUUCUUAUGAGAUUCAAGAAGUGUCACAAUCACACCGUUCGUUUUUCAUGUCUGUUUCGAGUCGUGACAUUGAUAACAAAGUACCAUUGUCAACUUCAGAGUUGUUGAGUGCCUCAGUGGGAGUAGAAGAAAGGGACGAAUUCGGGUCUCUUAGGAAGUAUUCUAGUAGUUCAGGGCCUCUGAGAAUAGGGAGAAGAAAGCAGUUCUGGCAAAGGUUGAAAAGUUUGUCCAGAGGAAGUGCCAGUGAGCAUGGUUUCUCAUUAAAACUUUGGCCAGGUUCUCGUUGAUAGAGCUGCUCCUUUGCUAUUUGACAUAUAUAAUAUGAACAAAGAAAACUCGAUGUCUUCUACACUGAGAGUAUGAAUAGGAUUUUCUUGUUUUAAAUAAAACUAUUUAUUUUUGUAAUUUAAGACUAUAUAUAUAUAUAGUUGGAGUAGUGUCUGUGUUAAGGAUCCAUAUUUGUAGUUUUUGUUGUCCUUUAAUUUCAACCUAAUGAUAAUGGCUUUUUUAGAUUGUCAA